AACAGCAAAGGACUGCCUCAAUCUACGAUUUCUUUUGAUGGAAUCUAUGCAAAUAUGAGGAUGGUUCAUAUACUUACAUCAGUUGUUGGAUCCAAAUGUGAAGUACAAGUGAAAAACGGAGGUAUAUAUGAAGGAGUUUUUAAAACCUACAGUCCUAAGUGUGAUUUGGUGCUUGAUGCUGCACAUGAGAAAAGUAUGGAAUCCAGUUCGGGGCCAAAACGUGAAGAAAUAAUGGAGAGUAUUUUGUUCAAGUGUUCAGACUUUGUUGUGGUACAGUUUAAAGACAUGGACUCCAGUUAUGCAAGAAGAGACGCUUUUACUGACUCUGCUAUCAGUGCUAAAGUGAAUGGUGAACACAAAGAGAAGGACCUGGAGCCCUGGGAUGCAGGUGAACUCACUACCAGUGAAGAACUGGAGGCUUUGGAAAACGACGUAUCUAAUGGAUGGGAUCCCAAUGAUAUGUUUCGAUAUAAUGAAGAAAAUUAUGGUGUAGUGUCUACAUAUGAUAGCAGUUUAUCUUCAUAUACGGUACCCUUAGAAAGGGAUAACUCAGAAGAAUUUUUAAAACGAGAAGCCAGGGCAAACCAGUUAGCAGAAGAAAUUGAAUCAAGUGCCCAGUACAAAGCCCGAGUGGCCCUGGAAAAUGAUGAUAGGAGUGAAGAAGAAAAAUACACAGCAGUUCAGAGAAAUUCGAGUGAACGUGAGGGCCACGGCAUAAACACUAGGGAAAAUAAAUAUAUUCCUCCUGGACAAAGAAACAGAGAAGUCAUAUCCUGGGGAAGUGGGAGACAGAAUUCACCGCGUAUGGGCCAGCCUGGAUCGGGCUCCAUGCCGUCAAGAUCCACCUCUCACACUUCAGAUUUCAACCCGAAUUCUGGUUCAGACCAAAGAGUAGUUAAUGGAGGUGUUCCCUGGCCAUCGCCUUGCCCAUCUCCUUCCUCUCGCCCACCUUCUCGCUACCAGUCAGGUCCCAACUCUCUUCCACCUCGGGCAGCCACCCCUACACGGCCGCCCUCCAGGCCCCCCUCGCGGCCAUCCAGACCCCCGUCUCACCCCUCUGCUCAUGGUUCUCCAGCUCCUGUCUCUACUAUGCCUAAACGCAUGUCUUCAGAAGGGCCUCCGAGGAUGUCCCCAAAGGCCCAGCGACACCCUCGAAAUCACAGAGUUUCUGCUGGGAGGGGUUCCAUUUCCAGUGGCCUAGAAUUUGUAUCCCAUACUCCACCAAGUGAAGCAGCUGCUCCUCCAGCAGCAAGGACCAGUCCUGCGGGGGGCACAUGGUCAUCAGUGGUCAGCGGGGUUCCAAGAUUAUCCCCUAAAACUCACAGACCCAGGUCUCCCAGACAGAACAGUAUUGGAAAUACUCCUCCUGGGCCAGUUCUUGGUUCUCCCCAAGCUGGUAUUAUUCCAGCUGAAGCUGUUGCUAUGCCUGUUCCAGCUGCAUCUCCCACGCCUGCCAGUCCUGCAUCCAAUAGAGCUGUUACCCCAUCUAUUGAGGCUAAGGAUUCCAGGCUUCAAGAUCAGAGGCAGAAUUCUCCUGCAGGGAAUAAAGAAAAUAUGAAGCCCAGUGAAACAUCACCUAGCUUCUCAAAGACUGAAAAUAAAGGUAUAUCCCCAAUUGUUUCUGAACAUAGAAAACAGAUUGAUGACUUAAAGAAGUUUAAGAAUGAUUUUAGGUUACAGCCAAGUUCUACUUCUGAAUCUAUGGAUCAACUGCUAAACAAAAAUAGAGAGGGAGAAAAAUCAAGAGAUUUGGUCAAAGACAAAAUUGAACCAAAUGCUAAGGAUUCUUUCGUUGAAAAUAGCAGCAGCAAUUGCACCAGUGGCAGCAGCAAACCGAGCAGUCCCAGCAUUUCCCCUUCAGUCCUCAGUAAUGCGGAGCACAAGAGGGGACCUGAGGUCACAUCCCAAGGGGUUCAGACUUCCAGUCCGGGAUGCAAACAAGAUAAAGAUGAUAAAGAGGAGAAGAAAGAUGCAGCUGAGCAAGUGAGAAAAUCAACACUGAAUCCUAAUGCAAAGGAGUUUAACCCUCGUUCCUUUUCUCAGCCAAAGCCUUCUACCACCCCAACUUCACCUCGUCCUCAAGCACAACCUAGCCCAUCUAUGGUGGGUCAUCAGCAGCCAGCUCCAGUUUAUACUCAGCCUGUCUGUUUUGCACCAAAUAUGAUGUAUCCAGUCCCAGUGAGCCCAGGCGUGCAAGAGAGAGUACCAAAUAUGCCCCAACAGCGGCAAGACCAGCAUCAUCAGAGCACCAUGAUGCACCCAGCCUCAGCAGCAGGCCCACCGAUUGUGGCCACCCCACCAGCUUAUUCCACACAAUAUGUUGCCUAUAGUCCUCAGCAGUUUCCAAAUCAGCCUCUUGUUCAGCAUGUGCCACAUUAUCAGUCUCAGCAUCCUCAUGUCUAUAGUCCUGUAAUACAGGGUAAUGCUAGAAUGAUGGCACCACCAGCACAUGCCCAGCCUGGUUUAGUGUCUUCUUCAGCAACUCAGUACGGGGCUCAUGAGCAGACGCAUGCGAUGUAUGCAUGCCCCAAAUUACCAUACAACAAGGAGACAAGCCCUUCUUUCUACUUUGCCAUUUCCACUGGCUCCCUUGCUCAGCAGUAUGCGCACCCUAAUGCUACCCUGCACCCACACACUCCACAUCCUCAGCCUUCAGCUACUCCCACCGGACAGCAGCAAAGCCAACAUGGUGGAAGUCAUCCUGCACCCAGUCCGGUUCAGGCUCAUGUACAGUCAGGAAUGGUUCCUUCUCAUCCAACUGCCCAUGCGCCAAUGAUGCUAAUGACGACACAGCCACCCGGCGGUCCCCAGGCCGCCCUCGCUCAAAGUGCACUACAGCCCAUUCCAGUCUCGACAACAGCGCAUUUCCCCUAUAUGACGCACCCUUCAGUACAAGCCCACCACCAACAGCAGUUGUAA